AUGAAAAUAUGUGGUGAUGCAGUGCAUAAGAUUAGAGAUUCUAUUAAGUAUCUGAGAAAAUCUGAAAGUCGAAUGGUUAAGUUUAAAGAAUAUUUUCAAGAUAUUGAGGGACUUGAGUAUACAACUGCAUUAUGUUUAGAUGUUCCUACUAGGUGGAAUUCACUUUAUGCAAUGCUUGCAAGUGCUAUUCCAUAUAAGAAAGCUUUUGAAAUGUAUAAAGUAAAAGAAGCUGGAUUUAGGGAAUAUUGUCCUUCAUCAGAUGAAUGGAGAAGAACUGAAAAGAUAUUUCUUGAUCCUAGAUUUAAACUCAACACUUUGGUUCAUUGCUAUAAUGAGAUUGAUCCUAUUAGUGCUAAAGACAAAGUGGAGCAUGUGAAGAGUAAGUUAUACAAGCUCUUUGAGGUUUAUGACCACAAUUUCUCUACAACUGUAGAGAGUUCUUCCCAAAUUCCAAGUAAUUUUUCUCAAGCAACAUCUUCUGCAAUUGGAACUCAGCUUAUUAAAAUUGUUGGUGUAAAUUUGAUGUCCCGUAAUCAAGAAGCUGAAGUGAAAAGUGGAAAGAACCAACUUGAUAUUUAUUUGAGUGAGGCAACAUUAUUUUGCAAUGAUGCAAUCAUAGAUGUUUUGCAAUGGUGGAAAGACAACCAUCAUCGUUUUCCAACACUAUCACUAAUGGCACGAGAUUUGUUGAGCAUUCCUAUUACUACCGUGGCUUCAGAAUCUGCAUUUAGCAUGGGUUCUCAUAUUUUGAAUAAGUAUAGAAGUCAUUUGUUGCCAGAUAAUGUUGAAGCGGUGAUUUGCACCAGAAAUUGGAUAUGUGGAUAUGAUGAUUAUGGUAUAAUUAUAUUUAUGACAUACAUACUUGAGUGA